CCUCAGUUCCCCCCAAGACUAUCCACAACUCUUCUCACCAUUCACCCCUGCAUUCUUCUCAUUCACGUCCUCUUAAGACCCCGGGAGACACCCCACUAUCGCAUCACGUCCCAGUAAUUCGAAAUGCCUGCCCCCAGUGAUAUCUUGUCGGACCCAGACAUCGCCCAGGCGUACGAGGAUGUCCGGUCCGACAAAUCAGAGACGACGUGGCUAGUCUUGAAGUACGCUUCUGCCACUUCAGAUUCACUGAAACUAGAUAAGACGGGCACAGGUGAUCUUGCAGAGAUGACCGAGGCACUGGGUGACGACGAAGCCGCUUAUGCGUACGUGAGGGUCAAGUUGGGGAACGACGAGUACUCUGAAAGAACCAAGUUCGUGUUUGUUGUCUGGGCCGGCCCCCAGACGAAGGUUAUGCGCAAAGCCAAGAUGAGUUUCCAGAGUGGUCAGGUGAAACAGGUCAUUCGCACUUAUGCUGUCGAAAUUCAGACAGGAGACAAGAAGGAAUUGGAAGCUGAUAACGUAACCAUGAAGCUGCGGAGAGCUAUGGGCGCAAACUAUGAUCGCCAAGGGAGCAGUUAUUAAAGGGCAACGACUUUGUACCCGAAUUGGACCAAAUCAACUUUGCAUAAGGGAUGUUUUAGAACAUAUGAAGAUACUGAUGAGGACUAGAGGAUCAUGACGAACAUUGAACGCGUUGAAGCGAUCAUGAAAGCCACUGGUGCAACUUCCAGUAACGUAGAUUUUGCAUCUAUAAGUAAACUCAUAGUAUAUGUUUUCUUCUUUCUUGAGCCUGGAAGUCCUCGUGGAGACUCAGUGAAAUCACAAUCAACAUCUUGCUAAAACGAACAUGAUUAGACAAAUGGCGUAUUUUGACCUGUAGGUCACUUAUUUCAUAUUCGGACAUGUAGCGCCCUCUCACGUAGGAUCAAAAAUCAUUCGAAU